ACCCAACUCAGGAGUAGUUGCAAACGUGCAUUGUCAGAAGACUAGCAAUAUUGCAGUGACAAAAGCGAGCGAGCGAGAGAGAGAGAGAGAGGGAGAUGAGUUUGUAUUUUGGUUUAAAUCUUAUUUUUCUUGUUCUUCCCUUGGUUUCAGGGGAGCAACUUAGUUCCAAGGAAUGUGAAGAUCUAGGGUUUACUGGUCUUGCACUCUGCUCCGACUGCAACACAUUCGCCGAAUACGUCAAGGACGAUGCAUUGGUAUCUGAUUGUAGGAAGUGUUGCACGGAGGAUUCAGAUGAUUCGUCAAACAAGAUUUUUUAUGCUGGAGCAAUAAUAGAGGUGUGCCUGAGGAAACUAGUAUUCUAUCCUGAAAUUGCAGGGUUCAUUGAGGAAGAGAAGGAUCACUUUCCUUCUGUCAAAGUUCAAAGCAUUUUCAAUUCUCCACCAAAACUUGUCAUGUUGGAUAGUGAUGGUGAACAAAAGGAAACCAUUAGAUUGGACAACUGGAAACGUGAACAUAUACGGACAUUCCUGAGGGAGAAAGUGAAGCCUGGAUCAUCUGCAAUAUGAUAGAAGAUUCUGUUUGAGCUCAUCUAUUAUUUGUUGCUGCAAUGUUUCUGAUUGUCUAUUUAAUGAGAAAACUGUUGAUUAGCAAUUAAUACGAAAAGAGGGACUUUUAUAUCAUACUAAUAUAGCAUCCUCACAAUUUCUCACAGUUGACGACUUUGGGGGUAAUCAUAGCUCCAUAACAACUUGGCUAAACCUUGUUUGCCAAAAACAUUUUCAGUAAUUAUUUCGUUGUUCGACAAUCAUUUGGGCCUGUUCUUUUAGGUUACAUACUGACUGAUAAUUUGAUUAUGCUUUUCUCUGCA